CGGGAACGGAGCACAGACGGACAGAAGGACAGGGCCCAGAAAUGGCGCUCCCGGGACGCAAGCCCUGGGCUCUGUCACCCCUCUGCUUUUGCCUCCUGGUCUUGGCCUGCAUUGUGGGGUGCCAGUCAAGGCCUCCCGCAGAAACCCCAGCUCCUGAGCCUGAGCCAGCAAUGGGGCCCUGGAGCCUAGUCCAGGGCAAAGUGAAGGGAUUGGUGGAGCCUCUGGUGAGCAGGACCAGGGAGACGUGGCAGCAGUUCUGGGGCCCCGGGGCCUUCGGAGGCUACAUGCAGACAUACUAUGAAGACCACCUGAAGGACCUGCAGCCCCGCGCCCAGGCCUGGCUGCACAGCUCCAAGGAGAAGCUCCUGAGCAGGGCACACAAUCUGUGCCCCUCGCUACUCUGUGGGUCCCAGAACCAGGACUGAUGCGCCCCGCGGCCCCCCAAUAAAGAACGCUUGCCCCGU